UCAGAAAGAGAGAGGAUGUUGCUAAUGACCAUGAGAUUCCUUUGCUUCCUUGUUCUUAUUUUGCAACCAGUAUAUUCAUCUAUUACAAAAACUAAGGUGUACGGCCUGAAAGGUGGGUCCAUCAAGCUGUUGGUGAACUCGCUGCCCAUGGCAAAAGUAACCUCCAUUAUCUGGAAGCAUAACAAGGAUAAAGCUGCAGAAUGGUUUGAGGAGGAUGGUGAAUCAACACCUACAUAUUAUCUUAAUUACGUCGAUGUGACUAAUUUGGACAUGGAAACAUGGUCCCUGACUAUCUCAGACCUGCAGCCAAAAUUCAUGGGCGAGUAUUCGGCUGAGGUAAACAACAAAGACCCAUCUCAAUCUUGGGACCUCAUAAUAUUGGAAGCCGUGCGAAAGCCUACAAUCAACAAAGACUUCAACAGUGUGUGCAACACCACUAGUUGCACCCUGACCUGUGAAGGAGCGGCAUCACAGAAACUCAUCUGGUAUGAUGCUGGUGGACAGAACAUUUCUUCAGACUCAACGAUAACUGUGCAGAGGAAAGACCAGGACAUGGAGUACACCUGUCAACUGAGUAAUGAAGUGAGCAACGCCACCAGCAGUGUGAAAGUCCCACGUCUGGAUACUUUCGGAGCAGGUGGCCUGAUGGUGGUGUAUAUAUGUCUUGGUGUGAUGGCCGGUGCGGUUUCAGUGAUCGGGCUCAUACUCUGCAUAUGGAGACAAAGGAGGAGAGACAGACUCUCCAAAGUGUCCACCGUUCAGCUCAGUUCAGAGGAUCACAGCAACAUCUAUACUAAUAUGCAAGGAGACUCUCCAGUUUCUUUUCUGCAUCCACAAUGAUCACUGCAUCUCCCAUGCAAGAAGAAAGCCUAGCUUGAGAUUGAACAUUUGAUCAGUGGACAUCUCCAUGGUCUAAAGUCAUAUUGUACAUCAUUUUGAAGGCUUGGACUCUUGAGAAUCAAUAUACAUGACAAUCUUUGUAAUGUAAAAUAUGUAUAUUGUCUUACAUUGUCUAACUAUGUCUCAAUUACAUUUAAUCAAAAAUGCCCUCCUCUAUCAUUGGUGCUUCCCUACCUUCAAGCUGCAGAGUAUGUCCUUAGCAAUAAGUAGAUACAGCAUAUUGAGUCACAGGAAUCCAUAGAAAUUGAAUAAUCAUGUUAUUGUAUCCAAUAUGUUUUGCAUAUGUAUAGUCCAUAAUGACAAAUAUUGGUCUAAAGUAUUCACGUUUUCUUCUAUAUUGAUCUACUUUUGCACACAGCUUCAAAAGACCUGAAAAAAGAAAAAAAAAACAAUACUCUAGCCUCUGUAUCUCAGUGUCAAUACAUCACACUCUUAUUUUGAUCCAAGAAACGACUGUGUCUCAGUUUUCCAAAGAGGUCAAGUAUUUGAUUAUACUGUAGGUCAAAUCAAAUGAGAACAGUGGCCUCUGCAGCAUGCACUGUGCAAAGUCAGGCAAAAACUUGAAAUUGGUAGUGAGAACCAAUUAGUUAAAUUAGUUCUCCUUUAAUCUAGGACUAGGUGUUGUCCAUUUAUAGGAAACUGGUCAACAGUAUCCAGACUUAAUUCCUAAUAAAAGUGUUACAUCUCAGCUCAUGUUUACACAAUAAUGAUGUGAGCAUAUUGGCUUAAAGUUUGUUUGGGUAACACUUUACUUGACGGGUUUCAUUCAUAAC